AUGCUGGCGCGUAACAGCGAUAUCAAGGGUGUGAUAUCAAGUGUAGAACAGCUGGAGGCGAGGUUCAAUCGCAAGUUCAAGUAUCCCUGGGUGUUUUUGAACGACGAACCCUUCUCUGCCGAUUUCAAAAGGCGUGUCGGCGUGUUGACUGACGCAGAUGUAUCUUUUGGGCUGAUCCCUCGCGAGUCCUGGGUCCCACCGGACUGGAUAGAUGAAGAACGGGCUCAGAAGGGGCGCAAUAGUCUAGUGCGACAAGGCGUAAUUUAUGGCGGCAAUUACCGUAAUAUGUGUCGGUUCAACUCAGGCUUCUUUUUCCACCACGAACUUUUGACGCCAUACAAGUGGUACUGGAGGGUAGAACCCGACGUCAGAUUCUACUGUGACCUGAAUUACGAUCCCUUUUUCUUCAUGGAAGAUCAUAACAAAGUUUAUGGCUUCACCAUUUCAAUGCCAGAAUUGGAACCAACUAUACCCUCACUGUGGUCCACGGUGAAAGACUUCAUCUCAGAACACCCUCAAUACGUAUCACCAGACAACUCAAUGGAUUUUAUGUCUGACGACGGGGGCGAAACAUACAACAUGUGUCACUUUUGGUCAAACUUCGAAAUCGCAGAUAUGGAUUUCUGGAGAGGCGAAGCUUAUACGAAAUUUUUUAACUACCUCGAGGAGGCAGGAGGGUUUUACUAUGAGAGAUGGGGAGAUGCACCCGUUCAUAGUAUCGCCGCAGCCUUAUUUACUCGCAAGGAUCAAAUACAUUUCUUCAAGGAUAUAGGUUAUAAACACGCUGAAUUCGCUCACUGUCCCCAGCGUAAACAGUGGCAGGAAGGACACUGCUCAUGCGAUCCAAACGAUAACUUCGAUUUCGCGGAAAAUUCAUGUCUGAGGUACUUCAUGCGGUUGGACAAUUAG